AUGGAAUAUAGUGGUAAUUAUAACGAUGAGAGCUUCUUUGAGUUCAAGCCAAAUAUUUCCCAAGAUAUAUAUAAUUCAUCAGUUGGUUACACCACAAAUAUUGAAGAAAAAAGUGGUCAAAAAGCAAUUUCUUCUAAUAAUUCUUCCUCUAAUUCUGGGGGAUUUCUUAUUUCAUUUUCUUCAAAUCAAGAAGAAGAUAUUGGUGCAAUGAUAAGCUCAGAAAAUGCAUGUCAAGAAUCAUUAUUAUUAGGGGAAAAUAAUAAUAAUAAUAAUAAUGUUAUGUAUAAGAGGAGUCCACUACAAGCUCAAGAUCAUGUUAUUGCGGAGAGGAAGAGAAGAGAAAAAAUGGGAGACCUUUUCAUCUCUUUGUCAAAGAUUGUCCCUGGUCUUAAGAAGUUAGACAAGUCAUCUAUCCUUGGAGAUACUAUUGAGUACAUGAAAGAGCUUCAAGAACAAGUAAAACUUCUUGAAGAGUCAAAGAAAAACAUACCAUCAGCUUUGGAAUAUAAUGAUUCUAAUAAGGAACAAGUAUUAGGAUCAAACAAGAUUAAGGUAAGGAUUAUGCACAAAAGUGUACUUAUUAACAUCCAUUGCAACAAACAAGAUGGAAUGUUGGGAAGAGUGCUAGUCCAAAUGGAGCAAUUGCAUCUUUCAGUCCAUGACAUGAGGAUCAUGCCAUUUGGUCCUACUAAUCUUGAAAUAUCAAUUCUUGCUCAGAUGGAGGAUGGAUGCUGUAUAAAUGUACAUGAUAUUGUAAAGGCCAUCCAAAUCAACAUCCUGGACCUCGUAAAUGAUUAAAACACACAUUUUAAAUUACCUAUAUGUAUAAUUAAUUGAGAGAUCUUUUGCAGAUUAAUAUGGGAUACUCAAUUAAAUUCCUCUUAGUAAUAUGUAUUUUUCUUUAUGGCAAAAUUCCUUAUAUA